AUGGCAGAGGAGGCUGCGAGCGCGUCCCUGGCCGCUGGAAGCCACCCGGCCCUCCUGGACCUCCUCACCGAGCCGUCCUGGAAGUCCCGCCUCGGUCCGGAGUUCGACAAGGGCUACUUCAAGUCGCUCGAGAAGUUCGUGCACGGCGAGUGGGCCGCCCAGGGUCCCCGGGGGGUGUUUCCGCCGGCUGCGUCAGUCUUCCGCGCGUUCAACGCGUGCCCGUUCGACCGCGUCAAGGUGGUGAUUCUGGGGCAGGACCCGUACCACGACGACGACCAGGCGAUGGGGCUGUGCUUCUCGGUCCCGCGGGGGACGAAGGUGCCGUCGUCGUUGCGGAAUAUUUACAAGGAGUUGCACGCAGACCUUGGGUGCCGAGUGCCGACGCACGGGGACCUCGAGGACUGGGCGCGGCAGGGGGUCUUCAUGCUCAACACGGUGCUCACCGUGCGCGCGCACCAGGCCAACAGCCACAAGGACCGCGGGUGGGAAAAGCUGACGGACGCGGCGGUCGCUGCGCUGAGCCGCGAGCGCGAGGGCAUCGUGUUCCUGCUGUGGGGGAAGCAGGCGCAGAACGCCGCCAAGGGCGUGGACCGUUCCCGGCACCACGUCCUGGAGUGUCCGCACCCGAGCGGGCUGUCGGCACACCGGGGGUUCUUCGGGUCGAAGCACUUCUCGAAGACCAACGAGCUGCUCGAGUUCCGCGGCCUCGGGCGCAUCGACUGGCAGAUCAAGAACUAG